UUUUUUUUUUACAAACUUUUUUCUUUUUGUUUGUAAAAAUAAAACUUUUCUUAAAAGAAAAAAAAAAAAAAAGUUAAAUAGCAACUGGUCGUUAUUGAACGUCACAGUGAAUAGCCCAACAUCUCUUUAGAAGCCGUCCCAAACAGCCACCUUUUCACACUAGUUGUACUCAAAGCAGUACAGUUAUCCUUUCGACCUCCGUAACACAUCGUUUUUAUUUUAUUUUUUUCUCUUUUUAAUCAAGAACACAUACACACACAAAAAAAAAGAGGUUCCUUUUUCCUUUUUUAAUGGUUAGUUUAAUUUAUCCCAACAUUGAACCUAGUGCUCCCGGUGAAAACUAUUCUGCACAAGAAGGUGCCUUUGAGGGCCCCGAAAAGCUUUUGGAGAUUUGGUUCUCCCAAUCACCCGAGCUUUUAAAAGAACACCAAAAUCUUUCUUCAGACGAAUCAGAGGAUGAUUUCUCUAAUCAUCCUCAAAGAAAAAACCGUGAAGAAAAGAGAGGACUUCGCGUUAUCCCUCGACCUGUUUUGGACAAAAUGUUGGCUUUAGUUAAAUGCACCGUAUUAAAUGUUAUUAGUAACCCGGAUGUGGAUGCUUAUUUAUUAAGCGAGUCAUCUAUGUUUGUGUAUCCUCACAAAAUUAUUAUUAAAACAUGUGGCACAACCACUCUUUUAUUUGCAAUUCCUCGACUUUUAGAGAUUGCUAAACAUUAUUGUGGGUUCGAAAAGGUUUGGAGAGUAUUUUAUUCUAGAAAGGCAUUUAUGUUCCCUGAACGUCAGGUGGGCCCUCAUCGUUCAUGGGAAGAAGAGGUUCAAUUUUUAGAUAAAUAUUUUGAUGCUGGAUCUGCAUAUAUUGUGGGCAAAGAACGUCAAGAUCAAUGGCAUCUUUACUUGACAAAACCAUCUGAUGAUGUCUUACAUAAUAUCACACAACCUUAUUUACCUCAUUUACGUGGUGUAAUGCAGGAACAUGAAAUUCAGAGCGGCGCUUCGACACCUGUCACUUCUGAUUCUGAAGAUCCUUCACCGUUUGGUAAUGCAGGAUACUCUCAUCCUGAUCAAACGAUAGAGAUUCAUAUGACAGGAUUGAACCCUGAAAAGAUGAAAUAUUUCUAUCAUGAUCCCAAACAGACAAAGAGUGGUAUCCCCGGCGGUCAAUGGGUAGACAAGCAGGCAGGGAUCGAUCAACUUUAUCCAGAAGCCAAGCUUGACUCUUACUUGUUUGAACCUUGUGGUUAUUCUAGUAAUGGUCUUUGGGAGGAUCGUUAUUUUACAUUCCAUGUUACGCCUGAACCUGAAUGUUCUUAUGCUUCCUUUGAGUGCAAUAUACCCGUUGAGAAGUCGCAUGCUAGUCAAGGCGAACAAAGUCCAGUUGAAAUUUUAAUUACAAGAGUCUUGAAUAUUUUCGAUCCUUCUUCUUUCACUGUAACUUACUUUACUUCCCAUCACAAGGAACAUCAUAGUCAAGCUCAUAUGGUGCGUUCUAUGAGUUCAUUGAAUGGUUAUAAGCGCACUAAUCGUAUUCUUUAUGAAUUUGAUGGUUAUGAUUUAGUUUAUGGGCAUUAUGCCAAAUAAAUAAAUUGUGUACAAGCUACAUUAUUAUUAUUAUUAUUCAUUGUGCAACAAUAAAUAUAUUAAAUUAGUUAUAGUUGUAAAAAAGAAAACUCCUCCUUCUCCUUUAAAUAUAACAAGCAUUAUUUCGUCACUUUUGUUCCCUUUUUCUUCCCCCUUAU